AUGGCUGUAAAAAGGACAAAUGACCAGAGAACGAUGUCAAUUUAUGAAGUGACACGCAGUUUGAGGGGAAUGGGUAUGGAGAGUCACCGAUAUCACUGGGGCCGAUGUGAAGUCGGAGUGUCUGCGAAUUCAUUGGUUCAAUGGAUACUAAGACUGUUUACUGCUAGCGGCAUUACAGUUCACGGAAUAAUGGACAAAAGUGGCGUGGUCCCCAUGCGACUUUUCGCAAAUUGGGAAAUGGAUCGUGCCAGCUCGAGCGUUGUACAAAGAGUCUGUUUCCUGAGUCUCAAUCGUGCUAUUUUGCAUUCUCUACCAACGCAGACUCAAUCUAUCGUCAUAACAGCCAAACUGGAGGGCAAUAAGAGAAGUUUGCGUAGUAAUGAUAUUGGAGUGACUCCUCAUCACGGUCGAGUCGAUCUGGAUCUUGAUAUUUCUUUCACAAUCCAGUAUCCUCACUUCGUUAAACGGAAAGGAAAUAGCUUGCAGAUUCUGAUACAGAGGAGACGCAAAUUUAAAAAUAGGCCGUUUCCAUCAUCGUUUAAGACGAUCGCUGUCGGUAUGGUAAAUUUGACUCAACUUCUACAGCACGGGGGAUUGCGAGAAAUACCACUGUGGUCGUCGGAUAAUAACGAAAAGCAGUCGUCAGUUGUACAAAGUGUGGGUCGUCUCUGUUUGGUCACCUGUCAGUCUCAGCCACUUGAAAUCGACUUGGAACGGGAUAGGAUCGGCAAAAAACACGGCGCACUAGAAGGAGAUCUCAGCGAGGAGGACUCCUACAGCGAUUAUGAGGAUGCACCUGUUGACAGUGACGUGAAUGAGCCCACUAGCGCGAGAAGCGCUGGGAGAGGGCGAGCCAUCAAAGGAAUCACAAGGCAUCCGUGGCAAAGUCGGAAGAAUAACAUAGCAACGACUUCCACUCUGCUUGAAAAAAUUCAAAAGUCCCAAUGCGGAGACGCGGAGAAUGGCUCUGAUAGUGAAGUAGAAGCGGAGGACUGGUCGUCUGAAACAGAAAAAGAACGUGAUAAAGAGGAAAUUCGGGCUGUCCUGGCACACUCCCACGACAUAUCGAAGGAUUCAGUAGGAUCACCAUUUGCUGGUUCCGGUGACAAAUCACAUACGCCUAGCAGUAUUCCAACAACGCAGACUCGUGUUGUACCUACGAACAGCGCACCGCUAGUGGCAAGCACCUCUCUUGGUGGAAUUUCUCACUCAUUGACAGUCGGCUCAAUCGCAAAGAAGAUGUCGAAUACAGGCUCCACAGACAAGAUGCUCUCCGUUUCGGAUCAGCUAUCAACUCUUCUAUCGGCCUACCCUGCUAAGUCAGGUGGUUGCUGGCUUUGUUCAUUUUCUGACCUACCUCAUCUAUCUUCAAUAGCCGUACCUGCUGUCAAUUGCCCUUCAGCAAGUGUAGUGAAACAGGCUAUGAGUCAGAUUGUGAAUACGAUACAAAACUUUUGCAACUCGAACUCGUCUAAUCCACCGAUAACGUGGGUAGGAGUUAUAGGCGGAGACAGACUUAUGGGACAGAUUUUGCGUGCUUACGUAGAAUGCCUUCAUCAUAAAUCUUCAAGCCAUUGGCUGCACUAUCUUCGUUUGCAAUUAUACCCGCUCCUCACUCUUUGA